AUGCGUGAAUUCGAAGAUAUAUUAAAAGAGCUGAAUCAAAUGCAUGGAGAUUCUAUUGUUGGUGCUGCCGCAGGUGUCAGUGGACUGAAUCGACAAGAGAUUACAAAAAAAUGGAAGAAUAAAGUUUGGACUCCGCCUACAUUUUGUGAAUUGAAGAUCCAAGUGAUUAUUAUAGAAAUAGUUGAUACUGGUUAUAGUUCAAGUUUAAAUUCUGUUGUAUUUUCACAACAACAACAAAUGAAUUCAUCAACACGAUUUUUUUCCCCACUUCAAUUUAUACCUCAACAAAAUAAUAAUAACGAAAGAAACACAGUUUCUGCUCUAUUUCUGGGUAAUAAUAAUAUAGAAAAUGGUCAAAAUCCGUCUAAUAGUUCAUCAACCACCGAUAUAACAAAAGUUUCGUCAUCGCCUAUUAAUGAAUUUCCUGCAACGUCACAAGGCGGAGAUAAUAUACAUGUAGAUAAUAUACCUCCACCGCCUCCUCCACCUCCAAUGGGAAAUGAAAGUAAUAUUUCACCACCGCCACCACCUCUUCUUCCCGAAAUGGGAAGUGAUGUAAUAUUCCUCCGCCAUCCCCACCGCCAGGAAUUCCGGGUGCACCUCAAGGCCGCCUGGACCACCUCCACCUCCUGGUAG